UUGUUAACUAUGGCGUCGUGCUGCUGUUGGGUGUUGUAUCGUUGAUGGCUGGGUCGACCACUGGUGUACCGAUGUCUCCUGGGUAUGGUGGAUACCAAGCAACAGCAGCGCAAGAGUACUACACCACGUCAUCGCCUUACUACACAACAACGUCAACAUACGUAACACCUGCCUAGUACACCGAGGCCCUCAAGUACUACAUCACCAAGGAUGCAGAGUAUUACACGAAAACUUUAGCUGCUCCCAGCUACUACGCCAAAGCCCCGAAGUAUUACUCUGCCCCAACUUACAUCACCAUCGCAUCACAUGCCAUCACCAAAGCGCCUGAUUACUACACCACCAAAGCACCUAAUACUAUUCUGCUCCCAGCUAUACUAUAACCACACCACCGAGGCACCGGAGUACUACACCACCGAGGCACCGGAGUACUACACCACCGAGGCACCGGAGUACUACACCACCGAGGCACCGGAGUACUACACCACCGAGGCACCGGAGUACUACACCACCGAGGCACCGGAGUACUACACCACCGAGGCACCGGAGUACUACACCACCGAGGCACCGGAGUACUACACCACCGAGGCACCGGAGUACUACACCACCAAAACAGUCGAAUACUACAUCGUAGCGCCCAAGUACUACUCAGCUCUGAGCUACACAACCACACCUGAAGAGCUCCUAAACCGUGGCUCACAAGUACUACACAACCAAGGCACCAGAGUAUUACAGUACAACCUACGUUGCCCCCAGCUACUACACCGAAGCUUCGAAGUAUUCCUCUGCCCCGAGUUACUACUACACUUAAGGCACCUGAAUGUUACACCACUGCAUACGCUUCUCCAGUUUACUACAUGGAUUCUCCUAAAUAUUAGAGCCGAAAUUUCUAUUUUAUUUAUGUGUGUUCGGAUUUGUCUGUCAUAUCUUAAUAGUUACUAGUCACUCAGAAUUGUUAUUCUGUAAUGAGCAAAUAAAUUUUUUAAACUGA